UAACGGUCGUCUGUGAAAGUACACUUAAUUCUGAUAAUAUUAUGCUAUUGUAAAAAUAAUACAUUUCAACAAAGCUGUGAUUUCAUUUAUAAUAAAGCUAUGACCAUGCAGAUCGACAAAGCCGCUGAAGUGGCAGAACUUCGGAACAAAAUAAGAAAUCACGAAGCUUAUGGAAAGCCAUAUAAAUGGUCUCCCAGAGACUUCGAACUCGGUAGUGGGCUGGGAAGAGGAAAAUUUGGUCACGUUCAUGUAGCUAGAGAGAAAAAAACUGGAUAUUUAGUUGCUAUAAAAACGUUGUUUAAGUCGCAAUUAGUUGAUUCACGUUGUGAACCCCAAGUGCUUCGAGAAAUUGAAAUACAAACGCAUCUGAAACAUCCAAACAUUCUUCGAAUGCUGACUUGGUUCCAUGAUGAAAAAAGAAUUUACCUUGUCGUUGAGUUCGCAGCUGGUGGGGAGCUUUACAAGCACCUUACUAAUUCACCACAUGGACGCUUUCCAGAACCUAGAGCUGCUAAAAGCAUAUAUCAAGUAGCAGAUGCAGUGGAGUACUGUCACCAAAGACAUGUCAUACACAGAGAUAUCAAACCUGAAAACAUUCUUGUCUCCUACAACGGUGAUCUGAAACUGGGUGACUUUGGUUGGUCUGUGCACGCCCCAUCAGAUAGACGUAAAACAAUGUGUGGAACCUUAGAUUAUCUACCUCCAGAAAUGAUAAAGAGACAAGUAUAUAAUUUAUCAGUUGACUUGUGGUGCAUUGGAGUUUUAUUGUACGAGUUUUUGGUCGGAAAACCACCAUUUGAAAGUCAAGACCAAGACAAUACAUAUGCUAGGAUUAUUGCUAUAGACUUAAGAUUCCCCUCUUAUGUCCCAGAAGGUGCCAGAGAUCUAAUUUCUAAGCUUUUAAAAUAUCAAGCCACAGAGAGAAUAUCACUUGUAGAAGUGAAGAAUCACCCUUGGGUCAAACAGUAUUACAGUGGUCCGAGCACACAGAAACAUUAGCAUAUUAUAAUAAUACCCUUAGACUUAAAUU